GGAGGGGGGCGGGACCAAAAAAAACCGAGGAAAAAAACCUACGAAAAAAACCGGACAAAAAUGGUGGGACGAAAAAUAACCGGCGGAGACUACCAACUGAGACAUUAGGAGUAGAGAUUGUUGUUGAGUCACUCAAAUAUAUGCAUUGUAGCCCGUAGCAACGCACGGGUGUUCUACUAAUAUAAAAUGUUUUGGAUAUUUCAAUGUGGACCUAUAAUACGGUCUGAAAUGAGUUAACAAAUACCGUAAAACGUGUCUACAUACGUCUGAUUCAUAAAAAUCCAUAUAAAAGUUAGAACCUCUAAUAUUUUGUGAACGGAGGGAGAGUCAAAUCGUAGCCAGCACCAACCACUUUGAAAAUAAAAGCAUGCCACCCAGUUCAAAAUUUCCAUAUGAUAAAUGGAUGAUUUUGAGGCAAAUUUGUACUGAACCUUGAAAGAAAUUACAGAAAAAAAAUACCACACUUGUCCCUCUCCCUCUUCUCUUUCCCCGUCCGACGCCACUCCCAGCGCGCACUGGACGCGCCCACGACCGGCGCCGAGCGCGGCCGGCGCCCCUCUACAUGCUGACCUCGCCGCGAUCUCUCAUUGUCCGGAGGCGCCAUCUCCCUUCCAACUCUCCCGGCCAAUCCAAUGGAGCGCGGCGGAGGAUGCUCGCCGACCUCCUCCGGGCGAGCGCGAGGGGCCCGGACCUCCGCGGCGGCGCGCAGCUCCACGGCUCGCUCACCAAGCUCGGCUUCGGGUCGGACACCAUGCUGGGCAACAACCUCAUCGACAUGUACGCCAAGUGCGGGAAACUCGACACGGCCGGCCAGGUGUUCGGCGGAAUGCCCGAGAGGAACGUGGUGUCGUGGACGGCCCUCAUGGUGGGCUUCCUGCAGCAGGGGCGCGCCGGGGAGUGCCUCCGGCUGUUCGGGGCGAUGCGGCGGCUCUCGGAGGUCCCGCCGAACGAGUUCACGCUCUCGGCCACCCUCAAGGCGUGCGGCGUCGUCGGCGACACGGGCGCGGCCGUCCGGGUCCACGGGGCCUGCGUCAGGAUGGGGUUCGAGGGGCACGGCGUCGUCGCCAACUCGCUGGUGCUCGUGUACUCCAAGGGCGGGAGGAUCGGCGAUGCGCGGCAGGUGUUUGAUGGCGCUGCUGCGUUCAGGGACCUCGUCACCUGGAACGCCAUGAUCUCUGGCUACGCGCAUGCCGGGCGUGGCAGGGACUCGCUGCUCGUCUUCCGGGAGAUGCAGCGGCGAGGAGAUGAGGAUUGUCAGCCCGAUGAGUUCACCUUCGCCAGCUUGCUGAAAGCCUGCAGCGGGCUAGGCGCGGCUCGAGAGGGCAUGCAGGCUCACGCGGCCAUGGUGACCAGAGGGGUCUCCACGGCAUCCAGUGCCAUCCUCGCCGGCGCGCUGCUUGAUGUGUAUUUCAAAUGCCGGUGCCUGCUGGCGGCAAUGCAGGUGUUCGAUCGGUUGGAAAGGAAGAAUGCCAUCCAGUGGACGACGGUGAUCGUCGGUCACGCACAGGAGGGGCAGGUGAAGGAAGCAUUGGAGCUGUUCCGGCGGUUCUGGAGCUCUGGCGUCCGUGCUGAUGGACAUGUCCUCUCCAGCAUCGUUGGCGUGUUUGCAGACUUUGCUCUUGUCGAGCAGGGGAGACAAGUGCACUGCUACACAGUCAAGAACCCGGCCGGGCUCGACGUGUCAGUGUCCAACUCCCUGGUCGACAUGUACCACAAGUGUGGGUUGACCGACGAGGCGGAACAGCGGUUCUGGGAGACGCCAAUGAGGAACGUCGUGUCAUGGACAGCGAUGAUCAAUGGCCUCGGGAAGCACGGCAAUGGCCGAGAGGCCAUUGACAUGUUCGAGAAAAUGCAAAUGGAAGGCGUCGAGCCUGACGAGGUGAGCUACCUGGCCCUCCUGUCGGCGUGCAGCCACUCUGGCCUUGUUGAGGAGUGUCGCCGGUAUUUCUCGAUGAUCCGUCAGGACAAGCGGCUGAGGCCGAGGGCUGAGCACUAUGCGUGCAUGGUAGACCUCCUCGGCCGCGCCGGGGAGCUCACGGAGGCCAGGGACCUUGUUGCGACGAUGCCGAUGGAGCCCACCGUCGGCAUGUGGCAGACUCUGCUGAGCGCCUGCAGGGUGCACAAGGACGUCACCACAGCCAGGGAGGCGGGCGAGGCCCUCCUGGCCAUGGACGGCGACAACCCGGCUAACUACGUGAUGCUGUCGAACAUCUUCGCCGAGGCUGGCGAGUGGCGAGAGCACCAGCAGGUGCGCGACGCCAUGCGGCGCCGGGGCCUGCGGAAGCAGGGUGGGUGCAGCUGGGUGGAGGUCGGCAAGGAGGCGCACUUCUUCUACGGUGGCGGCGACACCACCCACCCACGCGCCACCGACAUCCGCCGCGUGCUCCGCGACGUGGAGAGCCGGAUGAGGGAGCAGCUCGGGUACAGUGCUGGGUCGUCGGCGCAUGCGGUGGCUCUGCACGACGUGGACGAGGAGUCGCGCGCCGAGGGACUGCGGGCGCACAGCGAGCGGCUGGCUGUGGGGCUGUGGCUGCUACACCACGGUGAGCACCACCAUGGCGAUGGGGAGGAAGAGGAGGGGGGGAGGAGGGAGGUGAUGAGAGUGUACAAGAACCUUCGGGUGUGUGGCGACUGCCACGAGUUCUUCAAGGGGCUGUCGCGGGUGGUGGGGAGGGCGAUGGUGGUCAGGGACGCCAACCGGUUCCACAGGUUCCAGGACGGCGCCUGCUCAUGCAAAGACUACUGGUGACUUGUGACUUGUGUGACUGAACUCACACACCUCAUAGGCUGGGUUGCAAAGAACACCACCGAAAUGCUAAGCAACAAGGAUGUCCAUUGGCGUGUCAUCAAGAUAUCCGCUCUGCCCGGAGUUGUGCAGGCUACAGGCAAACAUACAUACAAUCUGUUGUGAUGAUGGCCCUUUUGGGAAAGGAGAAGAAGAUUUGGAAAUUGCCAUAUGCCCAAGUGAAGUUGAGCAUUUGAUUUGGUCACAGUAUCCUGAUUCCUGGCAGCUCGAUCCCGUGUGAAGAUAAGGAGGAGGAAGCCCCGGCCCUUUGUGUUGUUUCUGUACAAGACUAAACAGGGGUGGAUGCAUGCAGAUCACUUGUUUUCCAAGUGUAAUAAGCUUCUGAUUCUGGAGUAAGGAAUGUGCGAGGUUGCUUUUGAAUUGCCGGCUCCUCAGCUACCAAGGACCUCGCAUCGCAUGGCCCUGAAAUUUUGUGCUUUUCUUUGGCCUUGGUGGCCUGUCGGGCUGCAGCAAAGUGAAUGUCAGUUACUGAGCCUCAUGAGCAACUUGAGCAUAUAUAUAUAUAUAUAUAUAGAUCAGACAGGUACGUAACAUAACAUACAUUGCUGAAUUUACUUGGAGAAUGUUGAAUGAUAUGUUGUGUCUCUAUCUCUAUCUGGCUUCUUAGGCCUUGUAAUCUUUGAGUUGUGCUGGCUGACCUGCCACUGCCAGCAACUCGCGGUUUACCUGUGUGCUGAGUGCUGACACUACCCCCUACCUACUGUGUUGCCACCGUUAACGAAAUGUUCAGGCCCAUUCCGGCGGCUGUUUGAGGCGAGACAUGCUACUGCUUUACGUCAACUUCUCAAAAAAAAAUAAUAUUUACUGCUUUUCGUCGACCAAGACAUAGUCACGGCCAUCCUGUUGUGGCUACAGAACUGUUCUCUAGCAAAAAUAAUAGAAAUGUACAGUAACCAAAUAUGCCAACUGGGCAAAGAGAUCCAUUAUCAGAGAUUUUAGAUAAGGGCUACCAGUUAGAUAAGAGACCCUACAGAGGAUUUUUCCUCGAUUCCUGCUGCUA